AUGCCCGUGCUUAUCAGAGAAACAGGGCUGGAAGGUUUGGCGACGCUUGAAGCACGACGAUGGGACCACCAUGACAACCGAUCGAUCGUAUCACCUACAGCAUUGGCCUUCUUAGUUCCUGUGUUGGUCGUAUUCUUCUUUGCACCGUUCUUAUGCGUAUUCUGCAUUCGAAGGCGACGACGAGACAUACCGGUCAGACGAAAACGUCCAAUCAAACCACCAGCAUUAGAACGUUCGGCAGCAAGGGAACGGCUGCAGUCGGUAGCAGAGGUAUCGAACGUGAUUGGAGAUCAAAAGGCGGCAUACGUAGCCAGGCAUGACGAGCAGGUUGGCUCAGAUGACGAGUCGAUUUCUGACAAAGAAUGCGCGAUCUGCCUCUCGACAUUGCUUGCACCGUCACCACCUGAGCCUGCAAAACUGAGCAAUGAGAUCGGAGUCGAUGAAGCUGUGAUAACACCACCUAAGACAAUCGAACAGGAAGAGAUAAUGCGAUUGAAUGAAUGCGGUCACGAGUUCCAUGCGGAGUGUCUGAUCUCAUGGGUCGUGCUUCACAAGAAGAGUUGUCCGAUUUGCCGUACAAUCUACUACCACGACGAACCCGGGAAUCCAACAGAUGUCGAAGCACAAGCGGCAGCCCCAGCUCAGGAGCAGAUGACAGUAGUUGAGUCUGUUGCACCAGCUCAGCCUUCUGUAUCGAACUGGCGUUACUUUUGGGCUGGCCGUGACGAAGGACAGAACUCCACGGGACCGGGUCUUCGCUCGGGCUUGCAGCGGCUUCGAGGGCUCCGGUCCUGA